AUGGCGCCUGUGGAUGGCGAACUGGAGUGCCGGCCUGAUCGUGAGGUUCGCCUACAGAAGCUCCUCGCUUCGGCGGGUUAUGGCGGUGGCGCCCAGCUUGUGGAGGGAUCCGCUCAGCUGGUGGAGCCGAAGACUGCAGAGGUGACUCCAUCACAUGCAGAGACUGAGCUGCCGAAAACCAAAGCUUCUCCUCGACGGCAGCCGCGACAGUUCAGUGCGCGGCCGCCUCGCCCGGAGAGUGCAAGCCGAAAGUCAGCAACGGUUUGUGCUGACGAGGCUCCCCAGGCCGGUGAGGAGGUGGACGCUGCAGAUUUGGUCGACGAACCUCCGGAAGCGCCACCCGAAUUGAGCAGGACCCAAGACCUGCUCGAAUCGCCAUGUGUACCAUCGGUACCAUCAGUGGAGCAACCAGAGGAAGAGGCGAGCUGCCUCUACGACUCCGACGAUGAGCUCCCCUGUGCCGCAGUCUCGGAGGGGGCCCUUCCGAAUCAAGUGCAUGUGCGUGUGGAAUUUGGGAAGCCUUUUCUUGCUAUUGAGAUUGUUGUGGUCAAGGCGCCGCCUGAGGAGGCGGCGAUGCAAGAAAAACAGGACAAGUGA